GCUAAAUAAAGUACCAUUACCAAAACCAGCUCCCUAGCUCAACUCAUCAUUGCAACAUGACUAGAUUCCAACUGGCUUUCAUCGCUACCCCAGCCCUCGGCAACCUCGUCCCACUCCUCGAGUUCGCCCUCCUCCUAACCAAACACGACCCUAGAUUCUCUGCAACCGUUCUCACCAUCUCCCUCCCACAACGACCCCUCGUCAACACCUACCUCCAAUCCCGCGCCACCUCAGCCACUAACCUACGCCUCCUCCACCUCCCUCCCGUCGACCCUCCCGCACCCGAUCACUACCAAUCUUCCGUCGCCUUCCUCUCCCUCCACAUACACAACCACAAGCACCACGUCAGAAACGCACUCCUCAGCCUCCUCCCCUCCGAGUCCAACAACUCGGUCCCACUCGCCGCCGUCUUCGUCGACAUGUUCUGCACCUCCUUCGUCGACGUCGCCGCCGAGCUCUCCGUCCCGUGCUACCUCUUCUUCGCCUCGCCGGCGAGCUUCCUCGGCUUCACGCUCCACCUUCCCCGAGUCGGCUCGGAAUCCGAGUUCGAGAUUCCGAGUUUCGAAAACCCCGUGCCCCGCGCCGUUUUGCCCAACCUCGUGUUGGACGCGAACGACGGGCUUUCGUGGAUGUUACGCCAUGCGGGAAGGUACAUGGAAACGAAAGGCAUCGUGGUGAAUACAUUGCAUGAGCUUGAACCCCACGCGGUUCAGUCACUCUACAAUGAUUCACGAUUACCACGCGUUUAUCCAAUUGGGCCGGUUCUUGAUCUUGUUGGCUCGGCCCAAUGGGAUCCCAACCCUGCCCAGUACAAGAGAAUCAUGGAGUGGCUUGAUCAGCAGCCUGCGGGUUCAGUCGUUUUUCUCUGCUUCGGUAGCCUGGGAAGCAUGAAGGCGAACCAGGUGGGGGAGAUCGCGAUUGGGCUUGAACGGGCCGGGGUUAGAUUUCUAUGGGCCUUGCGGGAGCCACCGAAGGCCCAAUUAGAAGACCCAAGAGAUUACGCAAACGAAGAUGCACUACCGGUACCAGAGGGAUUUUUGGAACGGACGAGUGGGAAGGGUUUGGUGUGUGGGUGGGUCCCACAAGCGAAGGUGCUGGGUCAUGGUUCCGUUGGGGGGUUCGUGUCGCAUUGUGGUUGGAACUCGAUUCUGGAGAGUUUGUGGCACGGGGUGCCGAUUGCCACGUGGCCGGUGUACGCGGAGCAGCAGAUGAACGCGUUUCAGAUGGUGAGGGAACUGGGAUUGGCGGUGGAGAUUAGCGUGGAUUAUAGAGUGGGUGGGGAUCUGGUGCGGGCGGAACAAGUGGAGCGUGGCGUGAGGACCCUGAUGGAGGGUGGUGAUGAGAUCAGGAGAAAGGUGAAGGAGAUGAGUGGCAAGUGUAGAGAGGCGUUGAUGGAGAACGGGUCGUCGUAUAAUAAUCUAGUGUCGCUGAUUCAAGAGUUGACAGGUUGACCAAUAAAGUUUCAUUCCUGUAUUUGAGUUGACUACGAUUGCUUUUCGUCAGUUUUUUUAUUUAUUUUGUUUCUUGCCAUAUUAGAGAUUUGUCUUCCCUAACCACAAAGGGUUAAUAUAAAGAUUAUGUUAAGAUAAA